ACUCCAAAAUUAUUUUAUAAUUUGAGAUGCAGAGACAGUGUCAAAUAAAUAAUUUAGCUUUAGCUAAAUAGCUACUUCAUGACGGGGUUUCGUCCUCAUGGACUACCACCAGUUACCUAUGGAGGCUAUAGAAUUCCAGGUAGAGAAAUCAUUUUUGUCUUCUCUUUUGUCCGUUUCUUCACCAAAUCGAAAGGGCAUCAUCAAAAGGCCUCAAUGGAUGCUCUGUUUCGUACUCGUGACCGAGCUCCAUUAUUGUACUAAACUCAACAGAUGGUCCAAUCCGCGACUGUCGCAGUAAUCGGAGCCGGCGUUGCCGGUCUCUGCGCUGCCCGCGAGCUUCUGCGCGAAGGCCACACGGUCGUCGUCUUCGAGAAAAGCGAUCAAAUCGGAGGUACCUGGAAGUACGAUCCACGAACCGAAUCCGACCCACUAGGCAUUGACCCGACGCGGGAAGUCGUCCACAGUAGCCUAUACCUCUCUCUGCGCACCAAUCUUCCCAGACCGUUAAUGGGUUUUCUGGACUACCCGUUUCCCGAAAAUCGCGAAAAUGGGGAUCCGAGAACUUUUCCGGGUCACGAGGAGGUGCUCUGGUUUCUGAACAAGUUCGCUGAUGACUUCGGGAUUGGCGAGCUGAUUCGAUUCAAUAGGGAGGUCCUUCGAAUCGAGCGAGUCGAUGCGAGGAAUGACAAAUGGGUUAUUCAAUCAAAGAGUCGUGGUGGUGAUUCUUUGUUUCAGGACUUUUUUCAAGCAGUUGUUGUGUGUUCCGGUCACUUCACAGAACCAAGAAUAGCUAAAAUUCCAGGCGUUGAGAAGUGGUCAGGAAACCAGAUUCACAGCCACAACUACAGGGUACCCGAACCAUUUCGCGAUCAGAGCGUGGUCGUAAUUGGAUUUGGACCCAGUGCCUUUGAUAUCUCAAGAGAUAUUGCGAAAGUAGCUAAGGAGGUUCACAUAGCAACAAGAAGUACAAAUGUAAAGGCUAUGAAGUUAGCCUAUCAUGAUAAUAUAUGGCAGCAUACCAUGGUGAGAUGUGUAUCUGAAGAUGGCAUGAUUAUGUUUGAGGAUGGAUCAUCUGUUUCUGCUGAUGUCAUAUUCUACUGUACUGGAUACAAGUACCACUAUCCAUUCCUUGAAACUAAUGGAAUAGUAACCAUUGAUGACAAUCGUGUUGGGCCAUUAUACAAGCACGUGUUUCCUCCUGCAUUAGCUCCUUGGCUCUCUUUCAUCGGCAUACCUGAAAAGGACAUCAUCUUCCAAACAUUGGAAUUGCAAUCCAAGUGGGUGGCGCGAGUUUUAUCUGGUAAAGUCCCUAUACCAACGGAAAAGGAGAUGAUGAAGUACGUUGAAGAAUACUGUCAACAAAUGGAGAAGAAUGGGAUUCCCAAGCACUUCACUCAUUACUUGCAUUUUAAGGAGGUUGGGUACAGCAAGUGGCUUGCUGAAGAAGCAGGGUUGCCUCCAGUGGAUGAGUGGCGAGAAAAAAUGUAUGUAGAGAGCAUCACAAAGAUAAGCAACAUGGAAGACAAUUACAGAGACCAAUGGGAUGAUGCUUACUGGGAAACAAUCAUAAAGGGUGAAUCAUCUCACUAGAUCUGAUGUUGCUGUCCCUCCAAUGAGUACUAUAUCCGUUUUGAUGAGUUUAUUUCCCAUAUACUCAUUAUUGUCUCAUCAUCUUGAUUAAUAUUACAUUCGGGUCUAUUUAUAAGAAACAAGCCGUGGUUAAAUAGGCCAGUAGUAUUAGAUGUAGGUCUAGACUCAGAUGUAUCUAGGAUUCACUCUGGCUCUGGGGACCAAACCUUAAUAAAUUGUAUAUUGAAUUUUAUCUAAGUUUCCCUUUGCAUUA